GAAUAACUGUAUUAAAAUAAUUUCUUGUCUGCUUUACGUUGCUUGCAUCUCUAUGUUUUCUCGUUAGAUACGCCUUCAGCUUCGUACUUCCCAACCCCAACCAGAUUCGAGUGAGGCCUCUCUCUCUCUCUCUCUGAUCUGCAUUUGCCAGCCUCUCUCCUUCAAACCCUAAUACCGUGGAGGAGAUGGAAGCAAUUGGAGAUGAUGAGUUGGGAAUGGUUCUGAAAAGGUUAAAUAAUAAGAGUGAUAGGAUAUCUUGUUCUCAAGUAUGCAAACAAUGGCUACGAGUUGAGGGUCUACUGCGAACACAGUUAAGGGUGCUGGAUCCGAGCCUCUUGCGUAGUUUCUUACCGAGGUUCCCCAACUUGGUUGCUUUGGAAUUGGGAAAAGUGUUGCCUGAUGUUGAUCUUGAGUUUGUAGCAGAAACUUGUCCUAACGUUCAGAUACUUAACUUGAAUCUUAGGCAGACAUGCCCAGUAUCUGAUUCAACUGAAGAAAUUGGCUACGAUGAUCUUACUGGUGAUGGGAUCUGUUCAGUUGCUGGGAGGUGUAAAGGCUUGAAGAAGGUGUAUCUUAGGAGGAGAAAGGGUAUUGGUAAUGUAGGUGUAAUUUCCUUGAUCAAGCAUUGCACAGACAUCACACAUUUGGACUUGUCAUGGUGCAGUAGGAUCACCGAUGGAGCUCUUGAGUCUCUGGGAGCUGCCUCAUCAUUGCAGUCUCUGAAUCUUCAUGGCUGCUCACUGAUCACUGACUGGGGCUUGGCAUCCUUGGCCACUGGUUCUUCAGCAAGAACCUUGCAGAAGCUGGACCUCAGUGAAUGUGAUCGAAUUUCAGAUAUUGGGGUGGUUUUCCUGCAACAGCUAUGUUGCCUGGAGGAGUUGAGCCUAGCAGAAUGUGGGCCAAAGAUCACAGAUGCUGGAGGCGUAUCAAUAUCAGCAAUUUGUGGGCUCAAGAGCAUUGAUUUUUCAUGGCUAAUUAACAUCUCUGAUGCAACGUUUCUUUCUCUUGCAAACAAUUGCAAUCAUCUUGUCUGGCUGAAUAUAACAGGGUGUGAGCUGGCCACGAGUGCAGGGCUGCGGUGCUUUGCCACACACAAAUCACUGGAAGUUCUUAUAGCAGCUUCAUGCUACAGUUUGUCUGCUGAUGGCAUAGAGCACACUUUACUUGGAUGUAGCAAAUUGAGGUAUGCGGUCCUGGAUAAAAGACUCAGAGGUUGGAUAUCUGGAGAUGCAAUUGCAAAUGUCAACCCAUUGUGUCGAAUUGAAUGGCGAUGAUUGGUACACUGAUUCAUCUGUAGAUAGCUGGAAAGUUGUAGAGAGAGAUGGAGAGCGGCAAAUCAGGGACGUGGAAAUAGAUGUCUACAGUGUAAUUUUUCCUCUCAUUUGAGAGGUUUUUGUGCUGGAUUCUUCUAGAUUAGUCCUCCAUGUGCGAGGACUCAAGUUUACAGCAAACCUAUCCAAAGCCUUUAAGAAAGUUUCCACGGGCUGAGAUUGCGUUAUGAGCUUUUUUAUGUGUUAAUGGCUGUUUAUUUGUCAA